GGGGAAUGGAAAUAAGUACCAUCGCUGCGAUAUAGUGGCUAUGUUUCGCGGAUCGAUAGUGAAUUUUUUUCCCAGUGACCCGUCCCAGUUUUCUCACAGAGAGCCUCGUCAUAUUCUUCGAACGAACGAUAGUGUUUCUCUUAAUGAUUUUUAAGUUUAUCAAUAUACAUAACUGGUAGAAUGGAAUGGGUAGAAAUUAUAGAACCUCGCACCAAGGAGCAUAUGUAUGCUAAUCUCACAACUGGAGAAUGUGUAUGGGAUCCUCCACCUGGUGUACCAGUGAAAAAGACAGAUAACAAUCAAUGGUGGGAACUAUUUGAUCAAAAUACUUCACGAUUUUAUUAUUACAAUGCAACAUCCCAGAAAACUGUGUGGCACCGUCCAAGUGAUUGCGACAUCAUUCCUUUAGCAAAGCUUCAGACAUUAAAGCAAAAUACAGAACCAGCAAGUAGUAGCGGAGCCGAUACUCAGAAAUCAACCGAGCCAAGAAAGAAAGAGUCUGUAUCGACACAGACACAAACUCCUUCGGUCAGCCGAUUAACAAGGUUUAAUCAUCAAGAAAGUUCCAAUUUAUCUUCUUCGUUGCAAAGUGGUAGUGUAAAUAAAACGAGAACAUCCAGUGUUGGCGUGGACCUUCAAACGUCUCCCCCUUCUCCAUCUCCAUCUUCAAGGCGGCAUCAUCAUCAUCACCACCACCAUCAUAAUAAUAGACAUCAUAGGCAUCAUGAAGUGCCCACAACACGACGUCAGCAUAAUCAUUCUCAGGAUUCUGGUCGAUCUAGUGACAGUUCUGUUUCUCACAGUCGCACGUCUUUGGAAUCGACUGGGUAUCGAUUGUUGGAUUCUCCUCAUCGGCAUCAUCAUCGUUCCGUCGCCCAGACACCGGCAAUUCAAGCACAAUCCUCGCCCAGGCAACACAGCGGUACGUUGGAAGCUAGGGGGCACAAGAGUGGCACUUUAGAAAGUGUGAAGAAUCAGAAAUCAGUACCGUUGGGUGAACCGCCUCCGUUGGGUUUGUCACUCUCAACUAGUACUCCCCUAUUUAAGAAGAAGACGUUUGUUGAUUCACAACGCGAGGGUAGGGCAGGGAAUUUAGAACUGGAAAAGAAUAAAAAUGGUAGAGAAAGUAGUAGAGGUUCGUAUGGUCCUGAACCAAGUACUUCGCCAUAUCGGGAGUCAUUGAUGGAAUCUAGAUUUAGGCAAGAGAUGCCUCCGUACCGUCCGCCAGAAGUUCAGUUGAGUCAUAGUUAUAAAUCACAGGGUGAGAAGUAUGGCUCCCUGGUGGAAAGCAGUAAUCGUUAUCAUAGAGAUAGAGAUAGGGAAAGGGAAAUUCAUCAUAGGGAAAGAGUAAAUAGUUUGGACAAAACAAACACUUCAGCCUUUUAUCCAAGUUCCAUGCAUCCGCGUAAUAUGAAUAAGCAAGAUAAUACCGGUAGUAUAGGAAGAAGGCAUCAUGGAUGUUCAGUGUCGCUUUCAGAAGCGAAUGUUAGAGAUAUGUACGGCGCAAUGUUAGCCGAAAGAAAUGAGCCUUCGAAGAGCCUUGUCAGAGGUGUGGGCGUUUUGAGCAAUACGUCGAAGCAGAGAAGCCUUGAGGUUGCAGAACGAGAAAGAGAACGAGAGCGUGAUAGAGAAAAAGAAUAUAGAAGGAAUACUGCGUGUAACAAUUCGUUGGAUUGCGUGCCGCAGCCACUGGCUCGCAGUUACAGUUUUGUACAGCAGCAGAAGCAGCAGCAGAAGCUGCAACAAUUGCAUCAUCAUCAUCAUCAUCAGCAGCAGCAGCAGCAACAGCAGCAGCAGCAGCAACAGCAACAUCAGCAACAGUCAAGAAGAAGAGAUAGGGACGAUGAUUCUAUGCACGAGCGUUAUCUUAUUAGUCAGAGUCACGAACAACCUAGACAAAGGCUUAGCAGUAAUACUAGCAGUAGCAAUAGCAGUAAUAGUAGCAGCAAUAGCGCCGUGGGCGAAGAAACAGAAGGGCUGACAGAGGUAGAUGAUAGUAAAAAGAAGAGGAGCAAUGGUAAUCCGAGUCCACCUCCGUGCUUUUAUGGAAAUCUGUUACCUGACGACGAUCAUUUGUUGCCGCUUCAGCAUUAUAUUCUUCAGCAAGCAAAACUCUCAGGUUGUUACAAGUUUGGGGAUCCGUUGUUAGUAGAAGAAGGUGACGAUUCUUUGGACGAAGAGGGUGGAAGAGGCGAAGGUAUUGGUGGAAGAGCCGAUGACGAUUCCGAUGAUCAGUUUGCGGACGAUGAAGCAGCGAGCAACCAAGGUGAUUCGUCCAGUCAAGAAUACCUUGAAGAUCACUAUGCAGAUUUGGGUAACUACGAUACUGCUGGAUUAGCGACGUAUUACAAUACUGCUGACACUCUAACGAGGCCACAAGUACGACCACCGUCGCCACCGAAUAUCGCCUCGCAAGCCGAUACAAGAGAAACCGUGGUGACAGCGACUACAAGACAGCCGCCAGUUCCACCGUCUACCGCGAUAAGCUCUGUUCCUAGCGUUGGUAUCGGUGUGGACAACACAGACGUCGACGAGGCGAGGCGCGAUGACAGUGCGGGCGGUGGCGACAUCGAGAAAUACGCACAAGACAAUCUUAAUCUGAACUGCGGACGGCCGAAGGGACUGAGAUUGUUGUUCCGGAAAAAGUUCAGCGUCCGCGACAUUCUUAGUUGGUCUAAAGAUCCUAUACCACAGCCAAUGCUGGUAGUUGUAGAUGGUGAAAAGUUACUGAAACGGGAAGCCUGCAAUCUGUUUAGGCUGGUGCAAGUGUAUAUGGGCGAUCGGAAAGCUAACGUAGGAAUGACAUUGGACAGUGUAGCUAUGGACAUUGUGAAUACAGCGUAUUCGAAGCCGCCAUUACGGGACGAGUUAUACGUCCAGAUAUGUAGACAAACGACAGAGAAUCCGAGGAAAGAAAGUUUACGUAGAGGUUGGGAAUUGAUGGCUGUCUGUCUGGCGUUCGUGCCGCCCAGCGCUACGUUCGAGCCUUAUCUCGAAGGCUAUAUGAACAGACAUCGUGAUCCGAAUUUUCAGUUUCCGGAAGUGGCCAAGUGGCCGAUUCACGUGCAAGUUAGUCAUUAUGCAACGGUCGCCUGCCGUCGUUUACAACGAAUUGGAGCACAUGGCAAGCGACAGCCUCGCAAGGCUACCAUAGAAGAUAUUGAUCAAGCGAGAAUUCAGAUUUUCCGCGCGUCCAUGUUUGGGGCGACGUUAUCGGAAGUAAUGGCCCUGCAGAGAGACAGAUUCCCAAAUCGAGAGUUACCAUGGAUACAGACCACGUUGACGCGUCAAGUGCUCGCUCGAGGUGGUAUCUUGACGGAGGGGAUAUUCAGAGUGUCCGCGGACGCGGACGAGGUCAGUGCUUUAAAGUCGUGCUUGGACAGGUUCGAGGAUGGUACGAUUUUGGCAGCUUCUCAAGAUGCUCAUGCACCGGCGUCUUUGUUAAAAUUAUGGGUUCGAGAGCUUUACGAACCGUUGAUACCUGAUUCCUUCUACACGGAGUGCGUGUCGAUGAGGCACGACGAUGCCGAAGCUUCCGCAGCCAAUGUCGCCGCGCUUGUAGAUCGUCUGCCUGAUUUGAAUCGUCGUGUUCUUUGCCAUCUAAUACGAUUCCUUCAGAUUUUCGCCAGGCCGGAAGUCGUUGCCCGUACUAAAAUGGAUGCAAACAAUUUAGCAAUGGUGAUGGCACCAAAUAUACUGCGCUGUACCUCGCAAGAUCCUCGCGUGAUCUUGGAAAAUGCACGAAAAGAAAUGGCUUUUGUUCGUACUCUUAUCGAGUCAUUAGAAACUGCUUGGGUCGAUGAUCUUCACUGACCAUUCUAUUGCGCGCUAGAAAAAGGAACGCUCUAGACUACUAUGCCAAAUGAAUCAGCUGUAUAUUCACAUGUAUUGUUAGUUAUUUCACUGUUUCUCUAUUAUCGUUCUCACUUUUCUGUUUUUCUUUUUCUCUCCAUUUCAUUUCUCUCUCAUUGUCUCUCAGACACGCGCUCGCGCGCGCGCGCGCCCACACACCCACACGCACACACGCGCGCGCGCCCGCCCACACAAACACGAACACACUAACACACGAACACACACACGAUGGCCCCAUAGAUCCGUGGAUGUUAGUAAUGGUAAUUUAGUGCUAAAGUUAUUACCGAGCUAAUCACCCGUUUCCCCCGCUCCUCGUUUUUCUAUUUAUUAUUUAUACGCAGAUUAUAUGUUAUACAGAUAGAGAUUAUUAGAUUAUAUUAUGUAUAUCGCUAUAUAUUCAUAUUAUAUAUUUUACCAACCCUUGUUACCGCGUUGAACAAACGCGGACGGCUUUUUUACUCGAUCAUUGUUGAAUCUCGUGUAAGAUAAAAAAGAAAAAAAAAAAAUCAUGUGUUACCGUGUAUAGCUGCACUCCGCGAUGAUCUUUUUUGUAUAAGCGACGAAUUCACGUGUACAACGUUUAUCGAGGAGUAAACAUUGCAAAAGAUUAGCAAGCUGUACAA